UAUUUUGGCUCUCCUUGACUCUCUUGCCUUGAGCAAGCUUCAGAAAACUCCAUUAGUCAUUCAUUAAAAGAUAAUCAGGACGUUUGAUGUCACUCGUUCUGAAAACCCAUUUUCGUUUCUUUAACUUAAAUUACUUGUUUUGUUGGUGUCGAGCUACGAGCUUCUCGACAAGUCUAUUCGGAACGCGGACGUGGUGUCUUCCCGUUCAUCCUAUUGCCAAUCAUCAGUACUAGUAACUUAUCGGUUCGCCGCGGCGGCCACACCAGGGAGGAAACAUCAUGGUCUUCUAUAACCGUACUACAAGAGCGGAGAGUAAUCCGAGCACAGAUGGAGGAACAAGUUCAUCUUCGGAGAAUCCCUUCUCAGAUAGACAUAACCGGCCUUCACGGUCGUUUAGUCUUAGAUCAUCCCGAGAGUCUACUCAGAAUGAAAAGGCGGCGGGAGCUGACUUUCGAGAGGAAGCUCCUCCUGUGCCUGGGCAAACUACCGACACCCCUAUUGCGACCCGAACACACCUACAACCCAACCAACAUGGUGUAGGUCAGGACCAUUCUCCGACCGCAUCGGUAUCGGGAACGUCACGGACCACAUCACCAAACACAUCCAGUUCCGGCUCGCCUGAGGAAGAGCGGGCGGCAAUACUCGAGAGUCUACCUCCUCUUUCGGCCAACGCUACAACUGCAUCUAUAGCUGCCGAUGCUAUAGAUCCUGUACUCAUAGAGAGGGGUAAAAGGAAGGUUGCCAGGCACAAAUAUAUCGCGAUAUCUAUCAUAUUUGUUUUAAACUUCAUGUUUAUCUUUUCUAGUUGGUAUUGGCCCAGAUUCUAUUACAUAUACCUACCAUUCAUCUCACUGCCUCUCGUCUUAAACUGCGUCAUGAUUUUCGAUAUCAUUGUCUGGUCGUUGAAGAACCUAGUCUUCAAACCGAAAAAGGUUCAACCCGAGACUCCGGAGGAAAUGGUUCUACUUAUGCCCUGCUACAAUGAGACUUAUGAGGAAUGCAGUAAGUCGCUCGACUCGCUCGUCAAUCAAGUCAAUAUCAGCCAUCACAAGCAAGCAAUCAUGGUUGUUUGUGAUGGCAAGGUUCGAGGUCCUGGUAUGGACAAAACCACGGGCGAUUAUCUCAACGAGGACAUUUUCGUCGAUCAAAUAGAGCGGAAGAUGAUCCGCGCGGCAUAUGUCGCAUGGGACGGCCAGUCUAUGGAUGUCGACGUAUCAAGAGGGAUAUAUAAGGGUGUGCCAUUUUUCUGCAUCGUGAAGCAGCAGAAUCAGGGCAAACGAGACAGCUUGAUCGUCGCUCGCUCUUUCGUACACAAUUUCAACAUACGCGACAAGCGGCCGAAGGUCAUUUUCUCUCCCGAGUUCUUCAAGGCGAUGACGGACUUUCUAGUUGAAGAUGCUGGAAUGCGCCACGUCGAGCUAUUAGUCGGUAUGGAUGCUGACACAGUAUUUGCGAAGGAUUGUAUCAGCCAUCUGAUUGAAGAAUGUCAUUAUCCCGGGACAGUCGGCGUCUGCGGCUACGUCGCGGUAGACUUUUCGACCCAUAAGUGGAAUAUAUGGUCUAUAUACCAAAAUGCCGAAUAUACUAUCGCUCAAGGCCUACGGCGACUUCACCAAAGUCUCUGCACCAAGAAGGUCUCUUGUCUUCCAGGAUGCUGUCAAUUACUCCGUGUUUGCGAGGAGACGUGUGGCGACCGUAUUCUCAUCGAGGAAUUCGGCUACCAUCCUAAGCCAACAGAUGGCAUUAUCAAACGUAUCCGCGCCACGGCGUCUGAGGACCGGAACCACGUCUGCUUAAUGCUUAUGAAGUUUCCCAAGGCCCGCACACGACAGGCCCUGAGAGCGUACGCUUUUACCGACGUGCCACAUUCACUCUCGGUCUUCCUCAGUCAGCGGCGCCGCUGGACACUCGGCGCGACAAGUAACGAUCUCAUGCUACUUAUGGAGUCCAACUAUAAGUUCAAUCUAUGGGAGCGUAUCGUCGCGCUUUCAAACGUCUUGACAUGGAUGCUUAACCUUUUUGCUAUUGCGAGUCUGGCCUGUAUGGUAUUCGCAUUUAUACACCAACCUUUUUGGCUUGUCAUGAUUUUUGCUUCCAUUAUGAUCAUACCCCUCUGCUACUACCUCGGCUUAGCAGUAUGGCUAUGCCAAAGUUGGCUGGAGCGCGGCCAAUACCUCUUAGGCCUAGCCAUUUUUACAACCUGCGGUCCUUUUAUCAACAUCUGUGUCACUAUAUAUGCAUGUGUCUACAUGGAUAAUUUCGGAUGGGGUAAGACGCGUAAGGUCAUCGCCGAGACGGGUGAAGCCGAGAAACCAGACUGGCAGGUACAGCAAGAGCGUUACCAGGAUGCUCUCAGUGACGGCGAGAAGAUCUUCGGCACUAUGAUUCCUGAUGAAGAGAACCAGCUACACCCGGAGGUCUACAGGACACCGUUUACGGCGCCCACCUCGAGCCGUUUGACGCCUAUCAGGGCCGACAGCGAGGCGAUACAGCAAAUACCUCAGGGACUACCUACGGACCCAUCUGCACGCGGAAUUGAUGGUGAUAUACUACAAAUACCACUACCCACACGUCAUCCUACCCACAAUCUUCGUUCACACAACCCUCCUACGCGCGAUAUCCCUACGAUAAUUCUUCCUACAGACAACCCCUCUACGCACAAUCCUCACGUCUCCGACACCCACUGAUUUAACUAGUUUCGUAUUACGAACUAUAGGAGAUAAGAGUGGUCUAGCCGUAAUACCAUGGAGAUUUUGUGGCUCUAGUAAAAGUAUAAUAUAUAGAUUAAUUCAUGUGAGGGCUAGAGUAACGCCAUGUCUGGCUAGCUAGACAGGUAACACGAUAACCGAGCUAGAGAUGGCCCAAACGCAAGAUUACGACCUAUAAGCAGAGCAAAAACUGGCCUUGACAAUGAGUCAGAGACCCAAAGCGUAUAGUGCGUACAGUGGUUAACUUUUCUUAUGGGAAGACAACCCAUGAGCCUCGUCAAACCUUGGUUACCUAUGUUCUCGGUCUCCUGGUUAACCUAAAGGCUAUUAGUUAUACUUUAUUAGAUCUAGCUCUAUUAACCUAGGUAGCUUUGA